AAUGAUUCGAUCAGUUACUCGAAAAGAUGCUAUUUAUUGCCGCACUCAAUAGCGUGUGUAGCUACUACAGAAAAGCUUGGACUGAUUCAAAAACUCCGGCCAACCCCAAGUCACAUGACUCAACCGCCGGCAGGGAUCGAGAGCGCAAAAGGGACGCAGAGCCUCGGUAUACACAAGCCUGCAUCCCACCAAUCCUCCGCCGCUAUACGCCCAUUUCUUUUAAAUUGAAACCUUUUACUCUCGCUCGCAGGCAGUGCUGCAGGACUACUAGGAUGACUGGGAAGACUCAGACCAGCAACGUGACUAACAAGAAUGACCCGCGCUCUCUCAACUCCCGCGUCUUCAUUGGCAACCUCAAUACGGCCGUGGUAAACAAGGCCGACAUUGAGGCCAUCUUUGCCAAGUAUGGGAAGAUUGUGGGCUGCUCAGUGCACAAAGGCUAUGCCUUCGUUCAGUACGCCAGCGAGAGGAACGCCAGGGCAGCCGUAGCCGGUGAGAAUGCCAGGGUCAUCGCCGGACAGUCACUAGACAUCAACAUGGCAGGAGAGCCAAAACCAUACAGGCCUAAGAUGGGCUCCAAGAGGCCACUCUCGUCCCUGUACAGUGGCUACGAAUUUGACUAUGACUACUACAGAGAUGAUUUUUACAGCAGACUCUUUGAAUAUCACGGCCGUGUCGUGCCCCCAGCCCGAGCUGUGAUCCCCAUCAAACGUUCACGGCUAGUUGUCCCAUCCACACGCAGAACCAAAUCCUCCUUUCCAGCCAGAGCCUGCUCUUCCUCUUCCUCCUCCUCCUCUUCCUCUUCCCGAGCGCUCAACGUUGGCUCUUCCAUCACAGGCCCUAAAUUGAAGAUAGACCAGCUCGUAACAAUCAAAAAGGAGUUGUCACAGAUCAAGACCAAGAUCGAUUCGCUGUUGGGAAGGCUGGAGAAGAUUGAGAAACAACAUCGAUCUGACAUUGAGAUGCAGAGGAAACAAGAGGAUGUGUGUGAGUGUCUCCAUGGUGAUGCAGCAGACCACUCUGGUGGAGAGGAAGCAGAGGCAACAGCUGAGGUUGAGGCAGGGGAGAUGACAGACGGCGGCGAAGAUGACUUUGAAGAUGAAGGCACCAGCGACAUGAUAGAGAACCACAUAUCAGACAUUGACAACUGAAUAAGUUCGGAGACAGGAAGCCUACUGUACAAGAAGUUGGGAGAACAGAUACCAGCAAACCUUCUUGAUCAAGAAGGUGUAUUUGAAACUAAAUGAAAUCAAUUAAAUGAGUGACUGACAGCAGAAGGAAGAGUUUCAAAUGUGUGUUGCUUGUUUGCCUCAUUAGAACAUGAUGCUCGUGAUGUAUAAUUCAUCAAAAUGCUGGUUACUGUAUAAAUAUUCUCCAGAGUCUAUCAAUGGCAAAGAGCAAUCAGUUAAUUCCAUCCAAACUGAUUGCCUUUCUGAAAAAAGGACAAUACAGUAUAUUGAGUUCUUAAUAUAUUAUGGUCUGUAUUGUGCAUAAAAAUACAGUUAUGUGAUCAAUCAGACAAACCAUGAAAUGACCUUGUUUGUUGUUCCGCAAAUGUCUGUUUGUUCUGUUUCUGUGCAUUAAAAACUGUGACAAACCAAAACGCCUGCAGAGAGCUAAAUAUGAAUGUAUGAGGAACACAUUUUCUUUGACACUUGAUAUUUAUGUGGUUUGCUUUAAUUGUACAUUCAGCUGAAAUGUACAGUAGAUUAUAUAUUCAGUGUUCACACAGUAUCGUAUGCAUAUCCUGUUUGUCAUUUGUUGUACAUGAUGAAAUGCAUUUUACAUUUAAGAAAGUCAAAAGAUGACUAUUUUUUACUAUCAGCAUGUUAAAAAUGUGGCUACUAUGGAUCAUUUGUAUUCAUUAUGUCUGUUGUACAGCUAUAGAUGAUAACAGUUUUUGAAAUAAACCCAUUCCUCCCAAAAAAUAAAAUUGUC